AUGACUAUUGCUGCAGUUAAGGAUUGGAUUAGAGAAGGUACCGAAGACAGGAGCGUUCAGGUGAUGAGAUGGGAGUCGUGGAUUCCGAUUAAAGUGAACCUUUUUAUAUGGAGAGCGGAAAAGGAUAGUAUUCCUACUAAAGAGGCGUUGAUACGAAGGAGGAUUAAUAUUCAAGAUGAUUCUUGUCCGUUGUGUGGUACAGCUGGGGAAACUGUUAUGCACUUGUUUACCGGAUGUUUUUUUGCGACCGACUUAUGGAUGGCUGUGGGGCAGUGGUGCGGUGUUUGGCCGGUUCUGGCCUUUGAUUUUAAGGAUCUGCUGGGAAUUCAAGAUUAUGUGAAAGGUGGUAAAUGGGCUAAAAGGAUCAUUAGAGGUAUAGUCUAUGUCUCCUGUUGGGUGUUAUGGAAAUUGAGAAAUGGGAAAGUGUUUCAAAAUUCUAACCCGAAGAUGAUGGAAGCGAUUGCGUUGGUUAAGUCAUGGUCUUUUCUUUGGUUAAAGUAUAGGUCGAAGUUUGGUAGUAUUGAGUGGAAAGAUUGGACUCGUAAUCCGUUGUAUAUGUUGUAA